AUGAAGAUCCUGGAAGUCUACAAUAUUCGCCAACUUGUCACGAUUCGGUCGACGGCACGUGGUCAGGCUCAUGACCUACUCGUGCGCACCCACCGGAUUAGCCUCGGUAACGACGAAACACCUCACGUUAUGAACGAAAUGCUUCAUCCAAUUUCCCGAAUUCUCGAAACCGACCCCACGACUAAUUCAUCAUCAACAGGCCAGGCAAGAUCUCCUCAGAACGGUAGCAUCCAAUGCGACUUCUUAAACGAAGCUCACAGGCGGCUUGCCGAUUCCUCCGGUUCCUGUGGGAAUACAAGUGGUGAAAUUCCUCGAACAAUUGACAACAAUCUUGCCCCAAACAAUGGAUCUUCCGCUUACCAUUCUAUAGAUCAUCUUCUUGGUGGUGUAACCAUACCUCAUCCAGAAGAUUGGCUGCGCUACUUUCGUUGGUGUCUUGAACAGACCAUGGUUAAUGCCGAUCAAAACAAAUCGGAUUUAACCUGGCCAACAGGAGUAAAGUCAAGGGAUUUAGCCUGUUCCCCAACACCUUCAGCAGCCCUCCAAUGCCAAAACAAAUUUCAAUCAUCGGGUGUACAAAAUCAGUUUGUUGGUGUAGAAUGUGAAAAGAACAACAUGGGACCUGCUCUGUAUCAGAGGCGUGCAGAAUACAUCACCAAUCCAUUCCAAGACAGGUUUCUUCAACAAUCAGGAAUGCAAAAUCAAGUCCCAACGUUACCUCAUCAUUUACAAGUGGCUAGUCUGUUGGUCCAGAGACAGCCAUCACCCUCCACAGUCUAUCAGGUGCACAAUUUGCAAGACUCGUCCAUCAGCCCAACACGUCGACUUCCUACGCCUUUGUAUCUCACCAAGACUGCUGGCGACGAAUCAAUGGCACCAUCACAAUGUUCCUAUCCAAAGUCGGUCAGACUGAAGAGUCUUUUGAAGUCGGAGGAAUUCACACAAGAUAAUAAGGAGCUGAAUGAAAUUUGCGAAUUCGCACGCUACUUCAAGCUACGCAGGCUAACACUUGGACUGACGCAGACACAAGUUGGUUCGGCUCUGAAUGCCAAGGAAGGCCCGGCCUAUAGCCAAAGUGCCAUUUGUCGAUCACUUUUGAUAAAGGAAACUACCCACAAUGUUGCUGAAAACUUUUCGACAGCCCACGACCCGCCCUUCUUGUCUUGGGGCUCAUCAAGUAGGCGCAGUCCCCGAGUUUCCGUCAACCUUAUGUUCUACUUGAACACAAAUAAAACUGUUUUCGAGAAAUACACCCAUUUGCAAAUCAAUUUGAAGCUUGACGUCACUGCUAAAUCGGCCAGGCGCAUGAAACCGGUACUUGAACGAUGGCUUGCAGAAACGGAAGCCCAACGCAACAAUGGGAACAAGUACUAUGAUCUACAACUCAGUGCUCAGUCAUCAAGGAAGCGUAAGCGACGUACAUGUUUCAGUCCUCAGGCACUGUGCUACUUGGUUGAUCAACUGAGGAAGAACCCCUAUCCUUCAAAAUCAGAAAUGUCGGAGUUGUCUCAGAAACUGACCUACGAUAGAGAAGUAAUACGUGUGUGGUUUUGCAAUCGUCGACAAGCCCUUAAGUCAGAAGGAAACAGUUUCAGUUCCAGUUCCAGUGAACCUUCGCAGCAUCACAGAUUCGACGGCAUGACAAUUCCCAUGGAUUCGGAAUCGUUUGUCGGCGAACAAGUCCAAAGCUGUAUAAACCCUGAGAAUAACUUUGCUACUCAAUGGCCUACUGUUACGGAAUGAUCAACAACGGGUUGAGCAAGACUCGCCUCACCACCCUAGCACAUUCAAGUUACCCGCAUAGGAGUAUACAAUGAGACGAGGUGCUUCAUCCUUCCUGCUGNUUUCUUUGCGUUGAAGAUCACCCACCUUCGAGACAUAUGAUCAACAGCACUGAGUUCUUUUAGAUAUUGUUUUGUUGAUUACAUGUAAAUACACAGUAAAUUAACCAUAA